ACUGAGUUCGAUCUUGCGGACAAUGUUGCUCAGUCCUUGGUGGAAGCCUAUCGUGAGGAUCCGUUCAUGUAUGAGAUCAUCCGCAGACUCGAAGCGAAGGACAAAGUGAAUUCUGCCGAGUUUGAGUUGGUCAACGGCUUGCUGUUCCUCAAGAAGGCUGGGAAUAAACGUUUGUGUGUUCCUAAUAGGGAGUCUUUGUCUAGUUUAUUUUUAGGCGAGUGUCAUGAUGCCACCGUCCAUUUUGGGUACAAGAAGCCCGCAACUAAUCUGCUGCAGUGGUUUUGGUGGCCCACGAUGAUGCGAGAUGCCCAGCUGUACGUGGAGACUUGUCAACUCUGUCAGAGGGACAAGCCACGUACGCAGGAUCCUCUUGGGCUCCUGAUGCCCCUUCCGAUUCCGGAAAGGCCUGGUGAUAGCUUGUACAUGGACUUCAUGGAUACGCUGGUCACCAGCAAGAGUGGGAUGAGACACAUCUUCGUUAUCGUGGAUAGAUUUAGUAAGUAUGCUAGAUUAGUAGCAAUGCCGGAAACAACAAGGACGGAGUAUGUGAUCAGAAUGUUCAAAGAGAACUGGGUCAGGGAUUUUGGUUUACCCAAGUCAAUUAUCAGUGACAGGGAUGUCCGAUUUACCAGCGAAUUGUGGAAGGCCGCUGCUGCAGAGCAGGGAACCCAGUUGCAGAUGACUUCUGGGAAUCACCCAGAGGCCAACGGUCAGGCCGAGCAACUGAAUCGCGUUGUACAACACCUGCUGAGGCAUUACAUCAAGCCUAACCAGGUGGACUGGGAUGAGAAGCUUGCUCUCAUUGCCAGUCUGUACAAUAAUGUUGUACACAGCGCCACCGGGUCGGGAGACGAAAGACGGCUUCGUGCCGAAGUUAGAGCCCGUGCUUACGCAGCAGCCGGGGAAGUAGCACUAGCUGCAAGUCAGGCAUUAGCAGCAGCAAACGCCGCAGCUAGGGAACAGGCAGCAGCAGCAGCCAGCGCAACAGCAAUGGCUACCGCCGCAGCAUCCUCUACUGCAUCCUCGUUUGGGACCCAGUUGGGGAUGCCCCAUGGGCCCACGAGUACUUCCGGAUCAUCCGUUGACCCACACCGGAGGGAGCUACAAGAGCUCCAACAAGUUGAGAGGACACGGUUAGAGAGGGAACUGAAGCAAGCUACCAAUAGAGAAAAUGAGAUUAGAAAUAGAACAGCCAUACUAGAUACGUUAGAGGCAGACAAAGCUGCAUUAGAGGAGUUAGAUGAGUCAGCAAUGUCUGAUGCAAUGAAAGUGCCAAGGUCUAGCAUAUUGUCACUGCAUGCGCAUGUAGACAGCAGGCUGGACUUCAUGCAGAGCUCCUUGGACCAAAUCUUGGACCUUUUGCAAAGGCUAGGAUUACGGCCAACAUCACAGUCGCUGUUGCUGUUGACGGCGAUGUCAGGCCCCUUUCCGGUACAAGUUGGCACACAACCAAGUGGUACGUCUGCAGCAGCCGCACAUACUGUUGCUUCUACUUCUUCUGGUCUAGCGGCUGGAGCUACACCACAACCGCAGCAAUCUGUUCCACCUCAGGGACAGCAGCAAAGUCCAUGGUACCCAAAGACCCCGAUGAAGCCACCCCUUGCUUUCUCCGGUGAGAAGAAGGACGAGGAACUCAACACUUGGUUGAGGACGGUUCCAAUGUGGGUAAGGGCAAAGAGGACGAUGCAGGAGGAGGAGGUGAUUACUGCUGCAUCUUACCUUGAGGGUAAGGCAGCCAAGUGGCUGGAUGGGAUAGUAGCUAAGGCCGGGUUCGGACGACGCAUGGCAGAUUGGGGUAAAACCCUCACUUUAGAAGAGUUCUUGGAUAUGGUAGAAGAUCGCUGGCAUAAUCCGCUGACGCGAUGCUCAGAUUGGACCAGCGAAGGUCCUAGAGGGGAACAUUUCGUAGUGGAGGUUGUUGUAGGAGGCCGCAAAUGUGGUGACUUCGUAGACAUCGGCACCACCCAGAAUUUUAUAAGUCACAACUGUUUGGAAAGGCUGCGUCUAGAGAACCAGGUGCAACACCUAAGUAGACCAGUAGCAUCUACUUUGGCCAAUAAGGAGUGCAUGGUUGUCACAGACUAUGUCAAGGAUGUAGUCUGCACCUUCUCCUAUGGAGGAGGGGAACUUAAUCACAAGAUUUCGUUCCUGGUUAGUGACGACUUACCAUUUGAUAUGCUAUUAGUAAUGUACUACCUUGAGGUUGCCAAGCCCCAGUUUGAUUGGGACAAGAAGGUGCUCAAGCAUGAGUUGCUUGAUGGGAGGACCGUAAAACUGACCAAGUAUAAGGCUAAUAGGUUACUAGAAUCCUAUGGCUACUUGUGCGCAUCAACGUUCUACAAUUAUUAUAAACAGAACCAAGAGGAGGGUAUGUACCUAGUGUAUGUCUCUGAGAAAGGGGAGGCCGUUAAAACACCUCCAGAGAUAGGACAUGCUGUUGCUAAGUUCCCUGAUAUGUUUGAGGAACCUACAUGAGUCGUAGAUAGGGAGAUUGUCCACGCCAUAGAAAUCAUUCCAGGGAGUAAAACCCCAAAGGGAAG